AUGCAUGUUGACCAAUUAAUAAACAUUUUCUACAAAGAAUCGUUUAAAGUCUAUGAAUGCGUGCCUGGACUAGCAAAUGUAUCAGAUCAGUAUUCGGAUUCACGCAGACAAAUCUUGAACAAGUUUACAGACGCGGCAUGGACGAUUGGCCUGGUUUGCCUAAGCGGUUUGGGGCUAUCAAACGUGCAGAUCGCAGCAAAACCUUAUCACUGCGCACCGGCCGCAACCGUUGACACAGGUGCAGAAAUUUUCGUCAUAACGACGAAUCAAAGAAAAGAACUACUGUCAUGUCAGCAGAAAUAUAAGUUGAUCAUGUCGUUCGCAAGAACAUCUGAACAUAGCAACACGGAAAAGUCAAUAAAAAACGCAAAAUAUCAUCCGCAACGUGGAUUAGGUGACAUUUAG